AUGUCUCGCAAUUCUAUGAACUUGGAGAAUACUUUAUUUCAAUUGAAAUUCACUGCAAAGCAGUUGAACAAACAAGCUGCCAAGGCUGCCAAAGAGGAGAAACAGGAGGUUAAUAAGCUCAAGAAGAUAAUAAAUGAGAGUGAAGAGAUUGGUAAACUAUAUGCGUCUAAUGCUAUCAGAAAGCGCAAUGAAAGAGUCCAACUCUUAAAAUUGGCAUCAAGAGUAGAUGCAGUCGCAUCAAGAGUACAAACUGCUGUCACUAUGAGACAAGUAUCAACGUCUAUGGCACAAGUAUGUCGCGGGAUGGACAAAGCACUUCAGUCAAUGAACUUGCAGCAGAUCACAAUGGUUAUGGAUAAAUUUGAACAACAAUUUGAAGACCUUGACGCAAGCGUUAACGUAUAUGAGGAUAUGGGAGCGAACGCAGAUGCAGUUGUAGUCGAUGGUGAUAAAGUUGACGAACUAAUGAAUCAAGUAGCAGACGAAAAUGGGCUAGAGUUGAAACAUUCGGCUGCAUUAACUGACUUACCUGAUGUAAAGGAAGCACCGGCUGCUGUAGUCAACGAAGAAAAAGAGGAUAAGCUUGCAGAAAGAUUAAGGGCACUUCGUGGUUGA